AUGGCAGCACUGAAAUUUCCAAACGUCAAAACCUACAAAAGCCGCCUUGGCGUAGUAGAAUUUUAUUUAAUACGUGAAUUCCUGCAUUAAUUUUGUCGUAAAACUGAAAUUUCACUUUUAAACAGCUAAAUAAACAAAUUAAAAUCAAAAUGUCUUUCAUGAAUCCCGUGGAUAUGGUUGAGGAAGAUGCGGCGGAUCUGCAAUUUCCAAAGGUCAAAUUAGAAGUUCCAAACAGUUUGUCAAAAAUUAGCGCCAACCAGCAACAGCGCAUAACAAAAGUGCGCCCUCAAACUGAAACGAAAUAUGCCACAACUUACUAUAAUGCAGAAGAGUUCAACAGAACGCUCGAGCAACGCACCAAAGCCCUACAACAAUAUAAUGCGGAUUACAACGUAGCUAGUGUGCACAACGUGGAACGUUGUAGCACCUGUAAUUGUGAUCUGUACGAACCAUAUAUAAAGUGUCCUGAUUGUGAGUAUACGCUGCUAUGCAUGCAAUGCUUUGCACAGGGACGUGAGACUGCCACGCAUCUCAAUACACACUCGUAUAUCAUUGUGCGCGAUGAUAUACAAGUUUUCCCGGGCGCAAAUAACUGGACCGCCAGAGAUGAGCGUAUUCUAUUACACACACUCGAAAAGAAAGGCUAUGGCAAUUGGGAAGCAGUCACACAAGCAUUACAUUUUCGCCAUAGUGCUGAUGAAUGCCGUCUGCAUUAUCAUAAUUAUUAUUUUGGCGGCAUUUUCGAACGUCUGCUUGGUUUGACACACUCGAAAAAUGCCUACUUUCCCGAACGCAUGCCGUAUGUGGUGAAAAUGCGUUCGGUGGAUCCGCCACGUAGUGAUGAACCUGGCACAAUGCAAUUUAAAAUGAUGGCGGGUUAUCGCUGUGCACGUGGUGACUUCGAUACCGCCUACGACAAUUCAGCGGAAGACCUAUUGACCACAAUUAUGCAGGAUACCUUUGCCACGAAUGCUGCAACAGAUGAUUACGAAGAAAUGCUUGAUGAAAACAGUCGUAAUGUGUAUGAAGAAAUGCAAUUGGCUGUGGUGCGCGCUUAUAAUCAUCGAUUGAGAGAACGUCAACGGAGAUACAAAAUAAUGCGUGAUCAUGGUCUUAUAAUGCCAAAUCGUACGCUGGGCUGGAUUUCCAAAUACGGCGAAGCACUGGGCUCGGAGUCUAAUUGCAGUCGUUUUCUGUCAUUUAUGCAAAUCUGCAAUCCUAUUAAAUUUGAUAUGCUCGUUGAAUCGCUUAAGUAUUUUACAGACACACAGAAGACAAUUUAUCGUUUAUAUGAGCUGCGUCAGAAUGGUGUGCGCACUUUGGCAGGUGGCUCGUUAUAUUUCAAAUUAAAGAAACGUCGUGCACAACAACAACGUGAUCGCCUAAAAGAUGAUAACUAUCGACAACUGCACGAUUGGCGUAAGCUUAUACCCAGCGCGCAAACGCUCGUACCUAAUCCCUUUGCCACAGCCAAUGUGGUAAGCAAUCCGCGACGCAAAGCUGGACCCAUGGACAUAAUUGGCAUGCCCGGUUAUACCAGACUCACAGAUGGCGAACGCAAACUUUGCAGCGUCGAGCGUAUAGCGCCACAAGCAUAUAUUGAUUAUAAGAAUAUAUUAAUCGCGGAAAACAUGAAAAUGGGUCACUUGCGCUUGGCUGAUGCGCGGCGUUUAAUAAAGAUCGAUGUCAACAAAACGCGUCAAAUAUAUGAUUUCCUGAUUGAGAAUGGGCACAUUAAUAGACCCUUGUGAUAUGUGUCUAUUUUUUAGGUGUCGUAACAGCAUGUAACAACAACAAGCUUGUUUAAACUUCAGUAGUAG